UCUGCACCUACGUCUAUGUAGAAUCCACAAAGUAGACGCAACAUCGACCUUUCUCUCAGAUUAAGCUUUGGAUUUCAAGAGUCAAACUCAGAAUCCAGGGAAAGCUCAAUUAUAUAUAUAUGAGAUGGGGAGGCCACCUUGCUGUGACAAAAUUGGGACUAAGAAAGGACCUUGGACUCCAGAAGAGGACAUCAUGUUGGUGUCUUACAUUCAAGAACACGGAUCAGGGAAUUGGAGAUCAGUUCCCGCCAACGCAGGUUUGAUGAGAUGCAGUAAGAGCUGCAGGCUUAGAUGGAUCAACUAUCUUCGACCAGGUAUCAAACGAGGUAAUUUCACCGAACAUGAGGAGAAGAUGAUAAUCCACCUCCAAGCCCUUCUGGGCAACAGAUGGGCUGCAAUAGCUUCCUAUCUUCCACAGAGGACAGACAACGACAUAAAAAACUAUUGGAAUACCCAUUUGAAGAAGAAGCUGAAACAAAAUGAUCAAAGUGGGAGUGAUGAGGGUGUUCAUCACCCAGAGGGACAUUCUUGUUCUUCUUCUUCAUCACAUUCAAAGGGUCAGUGGGAGAGAAGACUACAAACAGAUAUCAAAAUGGCCAAGCAAGCCUUGUGUGAAGCUUUGUCCCUUCACAAGCCAGCAACUCAUGUUGAGUCAGAUACCAAGCCUUCUUCAAGUUCUCACCACCAUCCCAAUGCAUCAUCAUCAUCAUCACCAUAUGCAUCAAGCUACGAAAACAUUUCACGGUUGCUGGAAAACUGGAUGAAACCCCCAAACUCAACGGAAACAAAUCCACUGGGGUAUCACUCCUUCAGCAAUGUGAUCAACAACACAAGAGGGUCCAGUUCUAGUGAGGGAGCAUAUAGCACUACCACUACCACUACCACAUGCACACAAGAUUAUGCUUUUGAUGAAUCCUUCUUGAUCCUUAACUCCUCCAAACACAAUGGAUCUCCUCCACUUGAGACGCACGUGCCUCUUACGCUGUUGGAGAAUUGGCUUUUUGAUGAUGGAGCAGUUCAAUGUGAUGAAGAUCUGAUGAACAUUUCACUGGAGAAAAGUACUGCAGGUUUGUUUUAGAAAGAAGCUGCACUAAGGUCCUUGUUAUGCCUUUACCUUUUUACCUUAUAGAUAAAACUUAGGUAUAAUCUUUUUGGCGUGGUCGG